UCAACGUGCGCCACCGAGUAGGGCGUGUGGGAUACGUCCUAUAAGAGAAAGGCCGUCGUAAUCGGUUUAUUUUGAAGAAUCCAGUUCGUUUGAACAGACUUACUGCAAUUUUUUUUUGCCCCUUCCCGAUAUUUUUCCUCAAUUCGCAUUUCCUUGUGACGCUCGGAGUAAAACCUCAUAGAUCAAGCCACGACCGAAUAUGGAAACUGAAGAAGAUGCUCCCCCUCCAAAGCAGCAACCUAUGAUAUACAUCUGCGCAGAUUGCCACAAAGAAAAUGAGAUAAAAGCAAGAGACCCUAUCAGAUGCAGAGAGUGUGGUUACAGAAUAAUGUAUAAGAAAAGAACAAAAAGAUUAGUUGUAUUUGAUGCCCGAUGAAGAGAACAGAAGAUACAUCUAAUUGAUCUGAAUUCAUAUCCAUUCUGUGUUAAUUUUAUUUAAACAAAGAUUUUGGUUCUUACAAUAAAAUUUUAUUC